UUUCAACAUCGCCUUUCUCUCAACAUAUGAAACACGCUACUAAAAUGAUGAGAAAUCGGUCGUUGAUUGCGCUUUUGAUAUGCUGCAUUAUGUUUGAUACUUGCGUCAACGCUUGGAAUAAUCAUGGCAGCCAUAGGGUUGCGAAUAGAAGAUGGUUGUGGCAGAAUAAUAAGAAUAAUAAUGCUGGCAUUUCGAAUGAAGAAACGGCGAAAAGUAAAUGGGGAUCGCCGAAACUCGAGAACAAUAAUCGGACUCAUAUCGCCAGGGAGAAAAGACUCUUCUCGCUGUUCACAUUGGUCAAGUUCGACAAUAGCAUCUGCGGUGGAAUAAACGGGGAGAACGGCACGUGCGUCGCGGCGGCGGAAUGCGUGCAACGCGGCGGUAUAUCCAGCGGUGUCUGCGCAAAUGGCUACGGGGUGUGUUGCAUAGUCACGAUAUCUUGCGGCGGUUUGGCCGCCGACAACAAUACAUACUUUGUCAAUCCGAAUUAUCCGUCCAGUUUCGACGGUAUGGAAUCUUGCCAACUGACACUAGUAAAGUCGCAUCCAGAUGUAUGCCAGUAUCGAUUAGAUUUUGAACAAUUUAAUAUUAGAGGCCCGGAAACAACGAAUAAUGUCUGUACUUACGAUCAGUUUAUCGUUUCUGGUGGCAAUCCGGUACCGACGAUAUGUGGUAACAAUAACGGAAAUCACAUGUACGUAGAUACAGGCGUCGGACAAACUAAUCCGGUAAUUUUGACUUUUGUCACGAGUGGCGGCUCAUUUCCACGAUCGUGGAAGGUUCGCAUUUCGCAAAUACAAUGCAGUACGAUAUACCGAGCCGAAGAGGGCUGUCUUCAGUAUUUCACUGGGGUUUCCGGCCAAAUAAAGUCUUUUAAUUACGAUCCGACAACCGGAUUACAAUUGUCCAAUCAAGAUUACAGUAUAUGCAUCAGAAUGGAAAGAAACUUUUGCGGAAUUCAAUAUAUAGCGUGUACCGAUGAUACUCAAGGAAUGAUGCCUACCACGGCAGGAGCCGCGGGACAAAUAAUGCGUAACAAUGCAUUUACGCUGACAGGAAAUACGCAGAACACGCAAAUAGUGUCAAUGACAGGAACUUCUUGUUCGUCCGAUUGGUUAUCGAUACCGUGUGCCAUCAAUUUAGGCCGAAUGCCCUCGAUGCAGCUAAUAUGCGUUGAUCGAUUAUGUGGCGGUACCUUUAAUGCGGAAACUCAGAAUUUGAACGCAUCAUCUGUUAUCAGUACCGUGAAGCCGUUCCGAUUAAUAUUUCACACAGACAGUAUCGAAGCACCCGGCGAUGUCGGAAAUAAAGGUUUUUGUCUUAAUUAUGUGCAACAACCAUGCACGACAAAAUUAAGAUAA